AAGGAAAAAAGGGCCAAGCCAGCGAAGCAUGCCCGCCGCCUCCUCCUCCGCGCCGGCGCGCGGCUAAACCCCCCGUUCAAACGCUUCCGCCGUCACAAAACCCUAAACCCCGCCUCUGCCGCUCGCCAUGCGGCGCUUCCCGCCCCUCUCCCAGCGCGCAGCUGCCGCUUCCGCCGCCUCCACCUCCACCCCCGACGUCGUCGCGGAGCUCGGCCGUAUCAUCUCCACGCGCCGCUGGAACAAGGGCCGGGCCUACAAGCGCCUGGCCCCCUCCGUCACCCCCGCGCACGUCGCCGACCUCUUCCGCGGCACCGCCUGCCCCGCCCCCGACCCCGCCACCGCGCUCGCCUUCUUCGAGUGGCUCGCGCGCCGCCCGGGCUUCCGCCACACCGCCGGCUCCCACGCCGCGCUCCUCCACCUCCUCUCCCGCUGGCGGUCCCCUGCGAGCUACGAGAAGCUCGUCUUCUCCAUGUUCGGUUGCUCUGACAGCGCGGAGGGCAUGCGCGUGUCUGCCGACGCCAUUCAGGCAAUCUGUCGAACAGGUGCCCCGCGCCACGCGCUGUCCCCGGCGUGCUACAACUUCGCACUUAGGUCCCUCUCGCGGUUCGAUAUGAUGGAGGAGAUGGAGAGGGUAUACUCGAAGCUUGUGCAGGACGGGCUGUUGCCGGAUAAGAUGACGUACAAUGUGAUGAUUAAAUCAUACUGCAAGGAGGGUGAUCUUGCCAGGGCACAGAGGUAUUUCAAACUGUUGCUGGAGUGUGGGCUGGAGCCAGAUACAUUCACAUUUAAUGCACUAGUGUUGGGUUACUGUAGAACGGGUAACUUGAGGAAGGCCUGCUGGCUAUUGCUGAUGAUGCCGCUGAUGGGUUGCCGGAGAAAUGAGUACUCCUACACCAUUUUAAUUCAGGGUCUCUGUGAGGCACGGUGUGCAAGGGAAGCAUUUGUGCUAUUGUUAAUGAUGAGGGGGGAUGGGUGCUCCCCGAACGCACACACUUAUAACUUCUUGAUCAGCGGCCUAUGUAAGGAGGGUAGGGUUCACGAUGCCAGGUUGUUGCUUGAUGAAAUGCCUCUGCGAGGUGUUGUUCCUGGUAUUAGGACAUAUAAUGCAAUGAUUGCGGGGUACUGUAAGUCAGGAAGGAUGGAGGAUGCAUUGGAGAUUAAGGAGCUGAUGGGAGGAAAUGGUUGUGACCCGGAUGAUUGGACAUAUAACACUUUGAUUCAUGGCCUCAGUGAUGGGAAUAUAGACGAAGCUGAACAAUUACUGGAUAAUGCUGUAAAAGGAGGUUUUAGACCUACAGUUGUUACAUUCACUAACUUGAUCGAUGGGUAUUGCAAGGCUGAAAGGAUUGAUGAUGCACUCAGAGUGAAAAAUAAUAUGAUGUCGAGUAAAUGUGAACUUGAUUUACAUGUGUAUGGAAAGUUGAUCAAUAGCCUCAUUAAGAAGGAUAUGUUAAAAGAGGCUAAAGAGUUGUUAACUGAAAUUUCGGCAACUGGUUUAGUUCCAAAUGUGUUCACAUACACGUCUGUAAUUGAUGGCUACUGCAAGAGCGGAAAGGUUGAUUUCGCACUAGAGGUCUUGAAAAUGAUGGAACGAGAUGGUUGCCGGCCAAAUGCCUGGACCUAUAACUCUCUGAUGUAUGGGCUGAUUCAGGACAAGAAAGUUAACAAGGCAAUGGCACUAAUAUCUAAAAUGCAAAAGAAUGGAGUAACUCCUAAUGUUAUCAACUUUACCACUUUGGUUCAAGGCCAGUGCAAUCAACAUGAAUUUGAUAAUGCUUUCAGGUUGUUUGAAAUGAUGGAGCAGAAUGGUUUGACACCUGAUGAACAAUCAUACACUGUCUUAACUGGUGCGCUUUGCAAAGCUGGAAGGGCUGAAGAAGCUUAUUCAUUUCUUGUUGGAAAACGAGUAGCCCUAACCAAGAUACAGUAUACUGCUUUAAUUGAUGGAUUCAGCAAGGCAGGCAACACUGAUUUUGCUGCUGCCCUUGCAGAGAAGAUGAUCAGUAAGGGCUGCAGACUAGAUUCAUACACAUAUAGUGUUCUAUUGCAUGCUUUAUGCAAACAGAAGAAGCUGCAGGAAGCUUUGCCAAUACUUGAUCAAAUGACUCGAAGGGGAAUAAAAUGUACCACUGUUGCAUAUACAACUCUAAUCAAUGAAAUGCUCCGAGAAGGGAAGCAUGACCAUGCAAAAAGGAUGUUCGAUGAAAUGGUUUCAUCAGGGCAUAAGCCAAGUGCAACCACAUAUACUGUAUUCAUAAACUCGUACUGCAAGGAAGGUCGAAUAGAGGAGGCUGAGAAAUUAAUUGUGGAAAUGGAAAGACAAAGUGUUGCCCCUGAUGUGGUGACCUACAACGUAUUCAUUGAUGGCUGUGGACAUAUGGGAUACAUUAAUCGUGCAUUUGAAACUUUGAAGUGCAUGAUGGAUGCAUCAUGUGAGCCAAAUUAUGGGACCUAUUGUAUUCUUCUCAAGCAUCUUCUAAAAGGGAAUCUUGAUGUUCAUUAUGUAGAUGCUUCCGGCAUGUGGAACUUGAUAGAGUUGGACACUGUUUGGCAGUUUUUUGAAAGGAUGACGAAGCAUGGUUUAAAUCCCACAAUAACGACAUAUAGAUCUCUCAUUGCAGGAUUUUGCAAAGCCAGCCGUAUUAAAGAAGCUUGUGUUCUUCUUGAUCAUAUGUGUGGAAAAGAUAUGACACCCAACGAAGAGAUAUACACAUUGCUUAUCAAGUGCUGUUGUGAUAUCAAGUUUUUUGAGAAGGCCUCUUUAUUUGUUGGCAACAUGAUAGAAUGCGGGUUCCAGCCUCAUCUUGAGUCGUACCAGCUUCUUAUACUAGGUUUUUGUAGCGAGGGACAAUUUGAGAAGGCUAAAUCACUGUUCUGCGACUUGCUUGAACUGGGCUAUAGUCAUGAUGAAGUUGCUUGGAAAAUUCUGAAUGAUGGUUUGCUUAAAGUUGGUUAUGUUGAUAUAUGUUCCCAGCUGCUGUCCACCAUGGAGAAUAAAAACUGCUGCAUUAGUUCUCAGACAAAUGCUAUGUUGACCAAUGGCAUGCAUGAGGCAUCUAGCAGACUGGUUGGUGAAGUCCAUGGAGAAACUGCCUGACUGAUGUUGUCUUUCGUGCUAAUAGAUGGAAGAUAUGUGCAGUUUUGAUAGUAGUGAGGUAGAUAUGCAAGUUGCAUGGAGAUUUGCAUAGUACAGAACUGACUUGAGAUGAGCAACAUUCAGAUAUUGUGCCAUUUGAUCAGCUAAAUGCCAGAAACAUGACUAUCGUACCAAUUCCUAUUUGUAGUCAAAUCAAAGGCAGUUCUCAUGAUUGCAGUUGGGAGGUUCCCUGCUUUACCUCAUCCUGCUUUGACUUGAAUGGCUUCAUAUUCUCAAAUUUUCUAAAGCUAUUAUCCAUUCAUAGUCCACCUAUGAUCCACAGGAACAGGAAACACAGCUGCUGAAUAGUCAGUGUCAGGCUGACCCACACCUAGGAUUUAUGGAGUUCCAUUUCUUGCUUUGCUUUGGAGGUGCAAAGAGCUCAAGUGAAAAGUCAGGUUCAAAAUUGCACUUGAAAAUUGUAAUCUUUGAAUGGCUGAUUUACCUCGUGAAGGCUGCCAUCAAUGCUUAUAAUGCACAAAGACCUGAAGGCUUCAGACAUUCUGAACUGAAGAGUAUCAACCUCAGAUCAUCUGCGCAGGCAAAAUCACUGGUCGAUUAGAGCAACAUGGAGAAUAGAGUCGAUCAUGAUGUUGUAUAUGAUCCAGAAAAGAUGGUGCAUGCACUAGCAGCAGCAUUCAUGUGUAUUCACCGCAGCACAAGCUCGCGACCUAGCUGAAAUCGCUGAGUGAGUUGGACGUAUCUGACAUUUAAGUUCGAAAAGCAUUACAUGAGGCGAUUGGGAUGCUGAAGCUUCGCAUACUAUAACACUCUCUACAAGACAAACACUCAUUUGGAAUCAAAUACUCUAAUGAGGCCUUGGCAUUUCCAACAUGAUACUCCUUAUGACUUUGUAAAAGAACACCAAGUUGAUUGAACAUCCAGAGCAGCGACCUAUGAAGAUUUUCUUGGUCGACUUAUUUUUAUCUGUUUUCUGGGGUAGUCAAUCAACUCAAUAUAUACUCCUGAUGUUCAAGAUUGUAUGGAUGUACUUGAGAGAUCAAUCAUUACGAGUAAACUAGUUAAAUGCACGCUUGACCUAUGGAAUAAAAAAAAAUAUUACACAUGA